GGUUCUAGCCGUUUCCUCCUACUCGUCAGUGGAACGGCAGCGCCCGGCGCCCGGUUCUCGGGCGGAUUGCUCCCUUUCCCCUUCCCUUUCCCUGGCGUGGCGUCGCGCGGCGAGCGGCGGGCGGCGCGGAUGGGCUGCAAGGGGUCCAAGCACGCGCUGCGCGGGGGCUGCGGGCCGCCGGAGCCGCGGAGGCGCUCGGGCCGCCUGCCGCCGCGGCACUCCGUCGCGCUGCGGUCGGCCGCGCUCGGGACGCUCAGCCUCGACCGCGCCGCGGCGGCGGUGGCGGCCGUCGCGGCCGUGGGUGUUCCUUUCGACGCCGCCGUUGCCGGGGAUGAGGGGAUGAUGAAGGCCGGAAACGACGUCGACGGCGCGGGGAAGCUGCUCGGGCCGUCGCGGUCGUUCGCUGGGUGGUGCCCCGCGACGCCGCCGCCCGUGGCGGCGCCCCCGAAGCGGCAGAAGAGGGUGGUGGUGGUGGCGCCGCGGACGCCCAACAAGACGCCGGUGCGCGAGCCGCCCGAGGAGAUCAACGUGUGGGAGCUCAUGAAGGGGCUCGACGACGACGAUGAUCAAGACGAGGACGGCGACCACGCCCACUGCGUGGAGCGGAAGGCGCGGUCGGCGCCCGGGUCGCCGGUGUUCGAUCCGGAAAUCCUGGACGCUUUCCGGAAGGCACUCGACGAGCUGACGCCCGACUCGCCUCUCCCUGAUUUCGUCAAACGCGGCGGCGGCGGCGAGGGUGAGGGUGAGGGCGUCGAGAAGCGCGAGAUUCAGAUGUUCCCGGGCAUCGUGCGCGCGCGGGUCAGCGUGCUCCAGGAGAAGAUCAACACCAAGACGAAGCAGGCAAAGAAGGCAUCGCCGCCGCCGCCGGAGAGCGCGGGCCGGGUCGUGGUGUACCUCACCAGCCUCCGCGGGAUUCGGCAGACGUACGAGGACUGCUGGUCCACGAGCGCCGUCCUGCGCGGCUAUGGCGUGCGCGUCGACGAGCGCGACCUGUCGAUGCACGCCGGGUUCAAGGACGAGCUCCGCGCCGCGCUGGGAGGCAGCGACAGCGGAGGCGCCCGGCCGCCGCCGCUCCCGCAGGUGUUCGCGGACGGCCGGCACCUGGGCGGCGCCGAGGAGGUCCGCCGCCUGCACGAGGCCGGGGAGCUGGCGACGGCCCUCGAGGCCUGUGACGCGGCGCCGGUCCCCAAGGGAUGCGCCGGCGCGCAGGACGCCUGCGGCGGCUGCGGCGGCGUGCGGUUCGUGCCGUGCGACGCGUGCUUCGGCAGCUGCAAGGUGUUCGCGGAGGACGACGACGGCGCCGGCGCCGGCGCGUUCAGGCGGUGCCCCGAGUGCAAUGAGAACGGGCUGGUGAGAUGCCCCGUCUGCUAGCGCGAUGCUCAAUUUUUUUUCCUUGAGUUCGUGUGGAAUUUUGCCGAGCCCUGUCGUUCAAUGUGUUGUUUCCCGAUCGUGAACGUGAUCGACGACUACUUGUACAGAUCAAGAGAGA